AUGGUUUUCAACGAAGAUAUACUUUCUCAAAUAUUUGAAGAAAUAGAUGAUAAAAAUUCUCUCUAUUCAUGCCUUUUUGUUAAUAGAACUUGGUGUGUAACAGCUGUACCAAUUUUAUGGAGAAACCCUAAUCCUCAUUAUAAUUUUAAUCUUUUUGUUUUAUAUAUCUUUUAUUCUAUUAAAUCAAUGAAAGUAUUAUUUGAUAUAUUACUUUUACUACAUUUAUUAGAGGAAUCAAGAGAUACUUUUAAAAACCAAGGAAUUGAUAUUAAUUAUCUUAUCACAGAAAAAUAUAAGCGUCCUUUAUUUAAUUAUGUUAAUUUCUGGAAAUAUUUGAAUUUAACAUUUAUAGACAAUAUGAUUUAUAAUAGUGGGAUUAAAAGUCCAAGUUAUAAACUACAGAAUACAGAAUAUCAAUUACAUCAUAUUUCAGGAUUUGAAUGUUGCUUUUCAAAACUUGAACCCAUUCAUUGUAAUAAUGUUAUCAUCGAUAAUAUUUUGGAAGAAUUAGUUAAAAUAUAUACUAUUCAAUGUUUGAAAAUUAAUCGUAUACCUAUUUUGGGGCAUAAGACUUAUUUUGUAGAUUUAUUAAGCAAUAUAUAUCAAAAUUGUCCAAAUCUUAAAUAUUUUAAAUUAUCAUAUAAUAUUGAAUUACUUAUCUCAGAAUUGGAAAAUUUAUUAAUUAAUUGUAAAUUUUUAAAUGGAUUAGUAAUUGAUAAUUCUUAUAUGGACGAACUAUUUAUAUUAUUGACUAAAUCAUCGCCAAUUACUUUGUUCAAGUUUGAAUUUUUUACUUAUUGGGUUAAUUUGAAAUAUAUAAAAUUAUUUCUUGACAAUUGGAAAGAUAGAAACCCUAUGUUAUUAAAAUUAAAUAUAAGAGACAAGGAAAUAAAGCAGCAAUUAGAAGAUUUAGUCAAAGAAUAUAAAGUAAGAGGAGUAAUUAAAAAAUAUUCCAUUGGUCAUAGUAAAAUAAAUAUUAAUGAAGAUUUUAAUUGGAAUUAA